UAUGUUCUGUGUGCGAUGCUGCUCCCUGCUUUUGUCAGCAAUGGUCGGGCCCUGUUUCCUUCCAGCUCGGCGGCUGCUUCCGGGAUACCAACAUGGGGGCGUGAGAGUGGCCCGGGGGACUGUCACCCUCCCGACUCUCUUCGAAGCGGCACCCGUCUCCUUAGGGAGCGGCCGACGGCGGGUGCCGGGUACAUGUUCCGGGGGGCUGAGCCCAACCCGAGCAGACCUCCGGCCGCCAGGAAGAGCUGGCAUUUCAGUAAGACUAUGGAAGAACUAGUUCACGAUCUGGUUUCAGCGCUGGAGGAAAGUUCAGAACAAGCAAGAGGUGGCUUUGCUGAUACAGGGGAUCAUUCACACAGUGUUUCUUGUCUUCUAAAACGUCAGGCCAGAAAGCGAAGGGGCCGAAAAAGACGUUCAUUUAACACCCAUCCGUGGGAAACUGGUCAUUGUUUAAGUGAAGGCUCUGAUUCCAGCCUUGAAGAACCAAACAAGGAUUAUAGAGAGAAUCAUGCCAAUAACAAGAAAGACCAUAGUGAUUCUGAUGAUCAAUUGCUGGUUGCAAAACGCAGGCCAUCUUCAAAUUUAAACAAUCUUAGAGGCAAAAGGCCUCUAUGGCACGAACCUGAUCUAGCAGUUGACAAUUUAGGAAACAGGACUUUGCGCAGAAGGCGAAAGGUGAAACGAAUGGCAAUUGAUCUACCUUCGGAAGUGACAAACACACUGACUUUACCUCAGCAGCAUGAUAUUAGGGAUCAGGAAAUGGACAAUGACAACAGAUCUUGCCAGCAUCAAGAACUAAUAAAGAGCAAAGUUAAAAAAAGAAAACUCACUGCAAGUAGGCAAGGACCGGAAAUUUUGGAUGAAGGUGUAGUCAUAGAAAAUGAUGAAAUCAACCAGUCAAGCAAGGAUAAAAUGGAAUAUGAAGAACAAAAGGGCUCGGAUGAAAACAUGAGUGACAGUGAAUCCAGCAGCCUGAGCAGCAGUGAUGCUGGUUUAUUUACCAACGAUGAGGGAAGACAAGGUGAUGAUGAGCAGAGUGACUGGUUCCAUGAAAGUGAGCCUGGCGGUGCCUGUGGGAUUACUGGGAUCAUUCCCUGGUGGGAAAAAGAAGACCCGGCUGAACUGGAAAAAGAGUUGCCUGAUCCAGUCUUUGAAAGUAUCCUAACGGGCAGUUUCCCUCUUAUGUCCCAUUCAGGCAAGAGAGAUUUCCAGACAAGAUUUAGCCAUCUUCAUGGAAUGCCAGCAAGAAGCAUUAAAAAAGCUACAGGAAAUUCAACAGCAAUGGCAAGACUGAAGAUGAAUCCAGAAAACAUCAAGAUUACUAUGCCAAGCUCCUGCAGUAACAAGAAAGCCGUGCAUUUGUCCCAGGAGUCUCAUCACCAUGAGUAA